ACAUGACACUGAUUCCACAAAACUGAAAGAGACGGCGACGAAGCGGAUUGGUCGGAGGGGCGUGUGACGUCACCGUCGGCCCAUUCAGACCAGAGAAUCGGGAAAGGGGCGGUGGAAGAUGAUUCAGCAGCUGCGAUCCGGGUUAUUUAAACCUCCUGUCGCAGGCUGGUCAAAGCAAGAGAAGAACAGUUGGCGGAUUAAAAAGUGAAGCUACCAGCCCUGCACAUCUGCUGGAAGCCAAGGAGAUUCAGCCAGCGGAACUCGCUCUGGGUGCCAGAGAACGCUCGAGGAACUGACUGAGCUUUUUGUGAGAUGGAAUUUCCAGACUUGGGUGAACACUGCAGUGAGAGAACUUGCAAGCAACUGGAUUUCUUACCCCUGAAAUGCGAUGCAUGCGGAGAGGUCUUCUGCAAGGACCACAUUGAUAUAAACCGGCACAGAUGGUCUUCUGCAUACAAAAAGGAUGUCCAGGUUCCGGUCUGUCCUCUCUGCAAUGCUCCCAUCCCUGUAAGAAGGGGAGAAAGGGCUGAUGUCAUCGUCGGAGCCCACAUGGACAAAGGCUGUCGACCAGAUUCUGCCCGGCAGAAGGAGAAGGUUUUCACCAACAAAUGCUUCAGGCCCGGCUGCAAAAAGAAAGAGAUGAUGAAGCUGGUCUGCGAUCAGUGUCAGCAGAACUUCUGUCUCCAGCAUCGUCACCCGCUAGACCACGAAUGCCAAGGGCCGAGCCGGAGAGUCUCAAAAGCAGGAUGCGCUGCUCAAAUGAGGUUGCUGGAAUCCAGGCAGAAGACCUCGAACGGUCAACUUCCGCCCAACAGGUGUAGAACGAAGAGCUGAUGUCGUUCACAUUGAAGCCAGAACUACCUCAACCAGAAUUACCUCAGUCGUAGGACUUGUGAUCUCUUCUCUUCUUUUCCUGUAUUAAAAUCAUUUGCUUCUUAACCUUUCUAAUAAAAUCAACCUUUCUAUGUG